CUUCCGGGUUGACAGAUCAGUUCCAUUUGUGAUUCCACAACUUGCGCGGAGAAGAGUGAGGAUCGUUCUACAAGUUGUCAUUUCAGUGUAUAACGCGUGUGACGAUGAAAUUCACAUCGGGCGAGUUGCCUGAUGAUGUUGAAGAGGACGGGACGUGUGAUUUUAUUGACGCUGACAAGAAACUGGAUAAUAUGACAUCAACAGGAAAGCCUCUUUUGACCGACCGAAAUGGGGAAGUAGAGGAGGCGCUAUCAAAGGGAGGUAACUCAGAGGUGAACACGAACAAUAACAACAUGUCCCGAACACAGAGUAUUCCUCAACCAACCGAACAUGGCCUCUCUGAUUCCGAAGACAACACAACCGGAACAACCCCUGAUUCGCUGGUCACUGCCCUUUCCAAGGUCACAAUUUCAGACAAGGUCAAAUCUGUUGCGGAAAUCAAACCAGCGAGCGAGGUCGAUGACCUGAGCAGCAAAAUCUCCAAUGUGACGUUGGAUGAGAAGCCCGGCGUGGAGGGCGGAGAGCAGUACACCGAAAUAAAGGAAUCGGAAAUCACUACGCUGGCGGAGAUUGAAAAGAGGAAGAAAGAGGAAGCGGAGACCGAAAAACCUAAAGAAAGAGGCCCCAACCAUGGAAUUCCCAAAAACCACAAACCACAUGUUGACCGAUACGACCAUGUCGCUAGCAAGAACUACCCAACUAGCGUCAGCCAACAACUCUGUAGCCAGUUUCCUGGUAAUUACAGUCAAUCUCAACAGAUGUACAACAACAAUAUGGUUUGUCAGCAACGGUCCACCAUGAAUGGAUACCAACAAGGAGUGACGAAACGCUCCCGUGAUGAAUAUGACCAACAGCCUUAUAAGUAUACAAAGCCUGUUGAACCGAUCAACAACCUCAGUGACCCAUCCAAGACACUAUCUUCAAAUCUGACUUUCUCAAAUGUGGUUUCAACAAAGGGUUUUUCCGGUGGCCAGGUGAUGGUGAACAGCCCCGACAUAGAGUCUUUGAUUCCUAGUUUCCCGUGUGGGGACACGGCAAAUUCGGGUGAAUUUGAUAUUCUCAAUUUGCUGAGUCAGGGCGAGGAGUCUCUCAAGGAUCCAGAAAGAAGCAUGUGCUCGGAGAUCCUGGCAAACGUCCCCCCAUACUCCCUUCAGCACGGUUACCAUAACAACAUCAUGCGUCAGAAUCCCCAACUGGUCCAAGGGUCGUAUCUGGAUCAGACUCAAGUCAAUGUCAACCCCAUGAUGGAGAAUAUUUGGCGCCAGAAAGGAGGGGAGAACCGAACAAGCUUCUCUGCAGAGGACUCCGCCAGUGAGGGCUACAUAAGCGAGGGAGCUAGCAGUCCCUACAGCCCCUACAGUGACAUUCAGGACUCCCCGACCGAGCAGACCAUGUACUCCCCUCCCCCUUCCGUCGACAGCGGUGCUUGCAUGAUGUCAGCUUCAAGUCCGGGAUCCGCUAUCGAUAUCGGAAGUCCGAGGAGCUCCACGAUGGGGUUCGAGUCGAAUGUUGAUGUGUAUGACAGCAGCUCCAGACUUCCCCCUACUCCUACAACCUCCCAUCAGACUGUCCAGACCAAUCAUGGGUAUACCCCUCCGACGCCAGGCUUUCAGAGCAAUAUGGCUUACCAGGGCCUGGAGUAUCAAGUCACAGGAGGACCAGUUAACGCAGUACAUCAAACUGGAUACUUGCAAACCGCUGGGGUUGCCCCAGGUAAAGAAAUGGGUCAAAAUAGCAGUUAUAUUGAUAACAAUUUGGAGACAUUUUUGGAUGUUAUUGAAACCAUUGGGGAGGACCUGGUUAAGGCUGAACACAAGAAGAAACAGAAGACUCUCACGAAAGGAAUACAAGAAACGGUGGUACCAGUUCAGAAGCAAGCACCUGUUCCCCUGCAACAGAAACUGCCUGCUACUAGUCAGUCUGGUCCCAGGAAGAACGUCCCGGUGGCCAGUGUCCAGCCCAAUCAGAUUCAUCGUCAAGUUCCGACCACCAGCACGCCGGUCCUGUUGGUAAAGCAGACUCCAAGUACGAUGGGGGUUCCGAUAUCGGUCGCCCCGAGUGUCGUCAAUUCUCAGCAGAUGAAGGUGUCCUCUCAAUCUCCUGUCCCCAACGGUCAGAUCCUUGUCAUACCUGCCACGCCCCAAAUCGUGUUUGUUGCAUCACCCCCUCAACCCCCAGCAAAGAAGACCCCCACAUAUAGGUCGAUACGCCCUAAGAUUCAACCAAAUCCUGUUCCGGGGAUAGCUCCCGCCUCUGACUCUAGAAAUGUGACCUUGAGUUCGUCUCCAAAGUCUGUGACAACACCCAAACCAGCCCAACCAUCAUGCCCAGUGUCUCCCAUGACUGGUGGCCAAGUCUCACAGUGUCCCAACAAGCCUCAGCCUUCAACUCCAAAGACAAAUGUUAACCAGUUAAACAUUGCUCGGAGAUGUGUGGCGACAAUGACUGCAGAAGAGCUCAAGUGCACGGACCAAGAUGGAGACACGUAUCUUCAUGUGGCGGUGUGCAAGGCAGACAAGUACAUGGUGCAGGCGCUGUUGGAGAGGAUCCUACGGGAGAACCUGCAGACCAUGAUAGACACACAGAACAGCGAGAGACAGACUCCCGUGUACCUGGCCGUCAGCGCUAACCAGCCUGAAAUGGUGGAGAUGCUUAUCAAAUAUGGCGCUGAUGUCAAUCUGCUUGCAGAGCGGACAUCUACAAAUGGACAGAAGGAAGUGAAGGCAGCCAUUCACAGCGCAUCCUCCAACGGAAAGGACCAUCUCGCAACACUGCAGUCGUUACUUAAAGCACAGGAUCUGAAUCUCAACAUGUUCAACUCAGAUGGGUGUACAGCUCUCCACUGCGCCAUCCUUGAACACAGCCAGCCCCGCCCGGACUCCGGGACCCCCACAGACAGCAAGCCAAUCAUUGAAGCCCUCAUCAGGGCAGGGGCCGACCCCAACUCACAGGACAAAAAGAGCGGAAAGACAGCCUUCAUGUACGCACUGGAGACUCGGGACUACACUUUGAUUGACACUCUGUUGACCCUUGUUGAUAUCACCAAGGUCAGGUGUUACUUCCGCACACAAGCGUUUGACGGAAGCACGUGUGUGAAGAUCAUGGAGAGUAGGAAGGCCGAGUUCCCCCCCAAAUUGUACGACAAGCUGACAGCCAUUAUGUCAAACAAUCGCAGUAUUCUCUCCCACAGAUGAGCGGGCGACACAUCGUUAUUAAUUUCUUGUCAUGAUACUACUGACGAUGUUAGGAGCAUUGUUUUUAUCUCGUCUGUACAAAACAUUUAGCAUCCCACUGCUGUUCACUUCAUUUCUGUACAGAUCAUUUUCGGUCAUCAACAUUUUAUUACUUAAUUUUUUGUACAGAACACUUUAAUAUUGUCCCCGAACUGGUUUAGAACUAUUGUCUAUAUCAUAAUCAUUUGCAUCUAUUUCAAAAA